AUGACUUCAAAGGAAAAACUCGAGAAGAAAGAAGGGAAUGAGCAGAAGGCGAGCGCGGAGGUAUGUCUGAAUCCUCAGAAGGUGCGCUUGGAACAGAACCGCCAAAGAAAAGCACUCCAAGCGGCGAGGGAGAAAAAGUGAGUAAAAUGACGGUCGGAACCAAAAUUUGUUUUCAGAGCGCAGAAGAGUCGGUCGAGACCGUCGAGGGAGGCGCACAAGAAAGUGCUGGUGAAACCGAGUGCCGAGCCGGUGGACUGCGAGUGAGUGGAAGAUAUUUGCAGCAACGAAAAAGAAGACAGCCAGGUAUUCGGUGUCCGAAGAUGAGGAAGAUGAGGAGUACAAAGCUGCGACGAACGAGACACUGAAGAAGUUGUUGGUAGAAAAGAAGAAGUUGGAGAAGGCGUUGAAGUUGGCGAAAGAGAACGAGAAGAAGCUGGAUGUGAUGCGAAAGAGUGUCGGCGAUUGGUUUGACAAUUACGAAGCAAUGAUCGACAGUUUCGACGCGCAACUGACCGAGUACGAGAUCGCACAGCAGUCGACUCUGGACUGCAUAAUGAACAACGUGAGAAUCGAUCCGUUUGCUCACACGAAUAAACUCUGUUUGCAGCUGAAACAGCUGCACGAGAGGUGGAAGGAGAGCAGAAAGAGAGUUUCCGAGUUUAAGUUUGUCGGAAUCGGACAAUCUUCUUCCGAACGAUUCCAAGGCUUUCUCGGCCACAUCGGACUGUACUGUCUCCGCUACAUCCUCAUGGGAAUGGCCUACUGUCGGGAUCUCAUCUCUGGCUCCGACUCGCCGCUCACAUCCCACUCUCCAAAGCUCAGAAAUUAA